UUCUAUUCUAAAAUGGGAGGAAAUUGAAGCUGUAAAAAGGCAGUAGCUGUUAAAGAAAAAUACGAGACUAAAACUAACCCUGAAAUAGUCGAAAAAGUAGGAUCUCCAGAACACCCUAUCCCAGAACCUAUCCGACAUUCAGUGCUUGUUAACGAAAGUGAUAGACGGCCCAGCAACAUGCAACCGUCUUCGAUAUACCAAAGCGAGGGUCAUUUUCCUCAAAGUAGUAUUAUGAACUCAAUGAGUUCGAACCAGCACAAACUUGACGUAGAGAACAACUUCCCUGAAUUACAGAGAAGAAUGAAGAAAAUUAAAUAAAAUCAAGGACAGGGUCAAGAAGCAUACCCAAAGGAGCCGGAGAAAGCCUAACUCGAUGUUGAUUAAUGAUACUUUCAAAGCUAAUAAAUAUCUCGAACUUCCUGUUGUAAACAAAGGUCAUCCACGUCGAAACACUGAUAAAAUAGGUAUUUUUAAUGAGGAAUCAAAAGGCAUCCUUAGUGCACUAGAACCGAUAAAUGAGAAGGAAGCUAUAGAUUAUAAUAUCGGCCAAUAAAAGUGCAGGAGGGCUCCAUUGGAGUCUGUUACAGUGCAUUCAACAACAACUCUGGAAGGGUUAUCUUUGUCAAAAGAUUUGAUAACUUGGACAAAGAUGAAAUCCAUGAGAAAUUUCCCUACAUCGAGAAGCAUGUAGAAAUACUCAGAGAUAUCCAAUGUACUAAUAU